GCUCCGAAAUAUGAGGCACUGUCUUAUGUUUGGGGUCCGACAAACGACUUACAGGCUAUUGUGUUGGAUUGUUUCGAGUACCUAGUCACUCCCAGCCUGUUUGAAGUGUUACUGAGGCUGCGCAAAUUGGACGAAGAUCGCCUACUCUGGGUUGACGCUCUGGUUAUCAACCAGUCAGACCUUGCUGAGCGCAGCAGAGAAGUCACCAAGAUGCUCGAUCGGUACUCCAGGGCAGCGAAGACGAUCAUUUGGCUGGGCAAACCCUUAGAGAAUGCUUCCUAUGGCCGCCUUGACAUUAUGUCAGCUAUGAAAUUUCUCUCGCAACCAGAGUUGGUAACCCCGAAGGAUCACGACAGUGGAGAAUGGGUUCCAAUCAAACAAGCGGUAGAAGCAAUCUUUUGCUCAAAGUACUGGACCAGAUCAUGGACUGUGCAGGAAAUCAUGUACAGUGAC